GCUUGCUGUUCCUGCCAGCGCAGGAUCCCAGUGGAAAUCUGGGCUGAGGCUAUGCUUUCUGCCUCAAGAGAAGCUUCCCAGAAGCGCCAGGGAUUUAUUGAGCACCACCUUUCACUCCCCAUCCCUUGCCGUGUCCCACUGAGGGCCAUGUGCAGUGGCAAGCUGCAGACGGGUUUGCUGGUGGCUGGCUACUUCAUCUACUUGCUCGUGGGUGCAGCCGUGUUCCAGGCACUGGAGAGGACUGCUGAGAAGCAGCAGAAAAUGGCAGCCGCCCAGAUGAAGGAGGCUUUUCUGCAGAACUUUACCCACCUCACAGUGGCAGAGAUGGAGCAGUUUAUGAGGAACCUGACUGAAGCCAUUCAGAACGGAGUAUACCCUGUUGGAAAUGAAUCACAGAUUGAAAACAGCAACUGGGAUUUCAGUAACUCCUUCUUCUUUGCAGGCACGGUCGUUUCUACAAUAGGUUAUGGCACAGUGCGUCCUAAAACUGCUGGGGGCCAGAUCUUCUGUGUCUUUUUUGCUCUGUUUGGAAUCCCUCUGAAUAUUGUUUUUCUACACCGUGUUGGUAAGAUACUCUCACUGCUGUGUAAAAAGCUGGGGAAAUUCCUGUACGAGAAAGGAAUGAGAAAGAAGAAGAUCAAAUUUCUGACCCUUUUGUUCUUCCUGGUGACGGGGAUCCUAGUGUUUCUGUGUUUGCCAUCACUCUUCUUCCAGAUAACAGAGGGCUGGUCCUACAGCGAAGGAAUUUACUUUGCAUUUAUCACUCUCAGCACCAUUGGCUUUGGUGAUUAUGUAGUAGUCUCCUGUGCAUCACUGGGUGCUCUUUGACUUCACAAGUUGGAGCUUUGCAUUUUCCCCGAAGUUAAACUGUUCAGUCCAUGUCCAAAGUCCAGUGAACUGGAGUGCUUCUAGAAACACUGCUGUGGAUCUGCUUACCCAAAUACACUCUCCAUAGAAUUAGAGGAACUCUAAAAUGAACACCAAGGGCCAAAUAAGUGUCCGUGGAAGAAGCAAUCAAACACCUGGACUUCACAGAGCAUCAAAGUUUUCUCUACAACAAACUGUCCUGCUGGCAUCUUGCCAAUCCAAACUUCAUUUCAGCUGUGGUAUGAGAAGGAAACUCUGGAGUUAGUAUUUUAGCUCCAGUGCUGCCCACACAGUGAGUCUGGAAGUCUCACUUCACUUUCUGAUGAACAGACUUCCACAGCACACCAAAUACAAGGCUCUCAAGCCCUGCAGAGGGGCAAGAGGGGCUUCGGAGUAUGGGUGACUGUUCUGCUGCUUGUUUAGAAGAUUUUUUUAGGUCAGGACUUUGGCAGAAGGGGCCCACAGGCUUUUCCAGACACUGUCCAAUAUUCCCUGCUGGCCUUAAUUUUCCUGAAUCUGUGUAUGAGACCAGAUGGUGCUUUGAAGAUCCAGUCAACAUCUUGCUUGUUUGCAUGAGCUCAUGGAUUGUAAUGAUCUCAUAGCCUAGAUGAUUGCUCGUCCACGACGUAAUGGAUUCCUUUUCCUUCCCACAGGAUGUGCCACACCAGUUAUUGGCCCUGACCUGCUGUCUGUUAAAGGCCAUUAAGUUUCACACAAACACAUACAAACUCAAAGUCUCCAUGUGGGUUGAAUACAUCUGGUCUUGUGAAAUUUACUGUGUGUUUCAGAGACAGGGAGCAGAAGACAUCAUCAUGUCAUGAAAGUAUCAACACCCAAGACCUCUGCAAUGGCCAUGAAUUGGUUAGGCUACAUUUUCCUAUGUGAUAGUAGCAGAUUAAGUAUCCCUUAAAGCAAAGGAAACCAAUCUCCCCUGACAUUCUCUUCUCACCUAAUCCAUAGAAACACUCUUUGCCUCCAGCUCUGGUGAGUGAUAUUGCCACAAGCAAGACACAACACUCAGGCAUUUGCAAAGAAUCUGCGUCACACAACAGCGGCCACCUUGCUUACUGUUUUCUCCAGCAAGGACCAAUCUUUGUUAUAGCAAUGGAAGACAAUAUGUCACAGGCAUUUCUUUUCUAACUGUUUGUAGGACUGAUGACCCUGGUCUGUGCAAUGCUAGGCACCUUAAACUUCAAUUACAGGCAAUGCAGGAAGAUGGAAGGUGACUAGGGCCUUGCAGGGGAAGAUGUGAACAAAUGGACAGCAGCCCAACUGGCUUGUUCUCUUCCUUUGCCCCAAAAUACAGGUGUGCUUUACAAUAAUGGGAGCAGGUCACAGUCUGAAAACCACCACUUCCUUAGCACUUUCCUGCUCUGCAGACAAGCUGUUUUACAAAUACAAUUAAAAGAUCAUCAUCAGACAGACCUUCUGACUCUGUAAUUUCAUCUUCAUUAAAGUGACCUAACUGGAGCUGAAAUAUUUUUUCCUGCAACAUUUAUCUCCAUUGGCAUUAAACAAUGAAAUAAAAUAUUAAGUUUAAUACCUCAAACCUCCGCAAUGAAACAAGCAGAAUCAAUGGCUAUCCUCACUAUUAUGCAUUUAGAA